AUGGCAAAAAAGCAUAUUUGGAGGCUUCAACUUCCUAGACUCCACAGGCGCAGGGUCUUCCUUCUUCGUUCGUUGGUCACAUAUUUCAUCAUUUUGCCUGUGGCACUUUGGCUGUUCCUGAUCCUCACCUCAGUAGCCAGGUUUCCUGCUCAGUUGCGAGAUGCGAAACUGGCUUUGGUGGUCGUCGCCCACCCUGAUGAUGAGUCUCUGUUCUUCGGGCCCACAAUCCUAAGCUUGACCCAGCGUAGGGCUCCAGGCCUCCAGACAGGAUUGUUGGUUCUUUCCUCAGGUUGUCCUCUUCAGCUUCUCAAGAUUUUAUCCCAGCAACUGACCCACUUUGGCUUGAUAGGUGAUGACGACGGGAAAGGUCACAUUCGGAAGGCUGAAGUCAAAGCUGCUUGUGCCGUCUUGGGCAUUCUUAAGCACCAUUGCGAAGUCUUGGAAAUGCAGGACCUGCAGGACGACCCGCAACAAACCUGGCCUCCCGAAACUGUUGGUGCAGUUGUGAGAUAUUAUGUGUCGCGUUGGAGGGCUGACGCGAUCAUCACUUUCGAUAACACAGGCGUUUCUGGACACGAAAAUCACAUCAUGGUCAGCGACGGUGCUCUGAAAAUCUUCGCACCUACAAAGCCUAACAUACCGGUCUACACGUUGACAACAACAAACGUUAUGCGAAAAUACAGUCUUUUAGGCGAUCUGCCACUAACCUUCCUGAAGCUCGUCAUGGAGGGGAUGUUUUCUGGACAAAGCGGACACUCCGCCCUCUUCUUGAAUUCAUUUCCAAUGUGGUGUCGUGGAGUGACAGCUUUCACGCGACAUUCUAGCCAGUUCAGCUGGGGCAGAUAUUUUUACGUUGUACUGAGCAGGUACAUGUGGAUCAACGACUUGGAGCUCGCUCGAGCUCCGGAAUGA